AUGGACUCGCAGGAUGAUGAGAAGAGUCCUAAGAGUCCAGGACUCCGAGGACUCGACGUUACAGUCAUCACCACAGAUCUCGCCUGGACCAACCUCAUCACGCCACCCAACCCCAGGGUCACCACCACACUGGAGGAGGGCCUCGAGCUCAGCAAGCACCUCACGCUGCUCCAGGGCAUCCCUAAGGAUGACGAGGACCCAGAGCAGCUCCUCGUCUACAUGAGGGGGGGGCUGAGCCUCCCAGACAGGAACAAGGACCUCUGCCGCCUCAUGGUUGAUGCCAUUGAGAAGUACACGACACUCGCGCUACCCCCAAAGCCCAGCAGUGACGAGAGGCACGAGAUGGAGCAGGCUAGGAAGGCUGAGCACGAGGGGAAGAAGUGGGGAGUCUACCACCUUGGGCUGUGGCAUGCCACAGGACAGCCACACACGCCUCCCACCCUCUGCUCAGACAUGCGCAGGACUGGAGCGGGCUUCGGGGCCACGCUGGCCCUCUACAAGACCAUGGCCCCCCUCGCGCAGACCAUAGGCAGGCUCUUCCAGGAGAUCGAUCCCAGGGCCUACCAGCAGUACAGGCAGAACUACCUUGGCGAGUGUGCAGCCACGCCUGAGCUGGAGGUCUUCAAGUUCAGCAACAGGAGCUGCUGGCACUGCCUCGCGAUCCUGAUAAACGCCCAGGUUGGGCCUCACAAGGACAACCAUGAUGUGCUCGAUGGCUGGGUCGCGAUGGCCUGCUUUGCAGAGUUUGAGGGAGGGGAGCUGUGCCUGCCAGCCCUUGGCUAUAGGAUUCCCUUCCAGCCAGGGGAUGUUGUCCUGUUCCGCUCUGCAGUCCUCGAGCACUGGAUCGCGCCCUUCGAGGGCACGCGGUACUCGUGCGUCUUCUUCACGAAGCAGAGCAACUGGCAGCCAGGUGAGGAGGAGUAGAGGGCUUGUCUCCUGGUCCAUUUCCGGACUCACGUUCUUGCAGGG